UUGAAUUUGUACAAAAGUGCAGGUAUGUAAGGUGAUUUCCUUCACUUGAUGCGGACUAAUUGAUAAAUGUACAGAAAAGGAUGGAUUCGCAGCCGGAUGUUUCAACGGACCCUCUAUCACCAAAAUUUGAUGUUCAUGACUACAGCACAUACUCAACAUUUUUGCAUGCAAAACGGACAAAAUCUGUAUCAGAGAGGCGUCGAAAAGACGGGAAACCCAGAUACAAAAAGAGAAGACCUCCGUCGAUUUCAAAUCUACGAAGCAACUCUACUCGGACACCUUUACCACCUCCUCCGGAUCCACCUCCAGGAGCACCACUGCCUUUUGUCUCACCAGUCAUGCGAGAAAUACGGCGAACAGUGAGCGAGCCAUGUGCAAUAAAACGGUUUUGCAAUAGUGAAUCUUUGUCUCUUGCGCGUAAUAAUAACUUAAAUAUGGCUGCGCAUACUGACAGAAAACGCCAUAGACUUGAGGAUUCGUCAAAACAGACUUGUUCGAAAAUGGAGUCUGAGUUUUCAUCCGAUGCCAAUAGGAGUACUGGGCGCAAACUUCCUAAGAUAUCUGAUUUACAAAAUGUCAAAGUAUCGAAUAAAGACGCUGCCUUUGAGUACGGCCAAUCUUCAGAAGACAUGAAUAAAACUGCAAUCGCACUAAAAACACCGAAGACGUUAGACCAUUCACUUAUUUGCGAGAAUUUCAAUCAAAAGCGAAAAAUGGAAACUGAAUAUAAGAGAGUUACGUCACCUAUCGAGGCGAACGAGGGCACACGUGAUUUUGAUCAAAUCUCACCCCGUUACUCAUUGACUAAUGGAAGCAGGGAGCAUGCGAUGAUAGAAGAUCACGCAAAUGCAAGUGGCUGUAUCGAUCGGGAUAAUGGUUCUUGCCCAAGCAUUGGAAAAACUGCGCGUGACACCAUCGAUUGUCAAACAUUGCAAAAGAAAAGUAUCGUCAGCGAUAACUGUAGCGCUUGUAAUUCAUUCAACGACGAGAAAGUUAUUGACGAAUCGGAAAAUCCUCGAUUUGUUAGGCAGAAUACGGGAAGAUUUGAUACCGAGCCACUCUGCAGUUCAAACAUUAUGUUAGCCUACCGCUCGGAGUACAGUGAAUUUGAUUCUAAUCUUUAUUUAUCAAGCACCGCUGAAGCCGAUACUCUGAAACCGUUAAGGAGAUCAAAACAUAACACGAACGAAGCAAUGUCGGGAAAUAACAGGAAAUGUGUGUUCGCGCUCUUAUUGGUUCCAUCGGUCGUAGCAAUUAUUUGUGCCUCUCUAUUUGGACUAUCUUAUUUCGGAAUAAUAUCACCAAGUAGCGCAGACAACAAAAACAUCCAUAUUGAAGAAAUUUUUACAACAAAAUCGCCUCCCAACUUUGCCAAAGAUACUACUGUAGACAUGGAUUAUGCAUUCACAUCGAGCGGAAAAUUGACACCAGCAGCGACUACGGCCAAUUCUAUAGAAAAUGACACCCAAAGCGUAUUAACAUCAGGGAUGCAACCGAAUAUCGGAACUGUGACCUCUCAUAAUUUAUCUAAACCCGCUAUAUCGACCAUCAGUGCAGACACGACAAUAACAUUAGAAACAUUGAUGAGUAUCACAACUCGAAAUGUGAGUGACGAUAAAAUAAAUUCGACCGCCGAAGUGGCAAUCUCAUCGACUGGUAUUGUGAACUAUGUUUCUACCGAUUCUCAACAUCCUACAAAAAAAACCAAGGAACCAAAUUCAAGAGAAAAGAAAGUAAACAGUAGACGAAAAAACCGCAAUCGUAAAAAGCAACGACAAUCUUCAGUUAACAAGCAAAGUAAAACUGAAUCACGUUUAAGAUUUACCAGAAAAUCAAAACCAACUCCACCCGCGAUAGUUUUGAUAGAGCAAAAUGUUCGAAAUCAUUCGGAACAAGGUGUUGAGAGCAAUCCAGAACUCACAAAGUCAAAUUCUAAUGGAGAUAAAAUCCAAUACCGAAACAGCGAUCAUUUUCUGGAAAGGCACAACAUGAAAUUUAAAUCAACUAAUCAGGUAUCUUCUGCCGAUAUUCUUCAGAUGAUUGAGGCACGAAAAAGUUUGAUCAAAAAGCAAGACAGCCGCGAUAAUUAUGCGUCAUCUGAAAUGUUGCAAAAUAACAAUACCGACCCGUUUGAGGAUAAUGAUUAUGCAAGAAGUUUAGAAAUUUCGACGGACGACUUCAUAGGCAAUUUAGAUGAUGACGACGAAUUAUCAUGCGUAAGAAUUACAAAUCCUAAAUGUGAAGCUAUCUUACCUUAUGACUUCACUCCCUUUAUUACCAAAUAUUCAGAUAGACAAAAAGUGUUCCUAGAAUUAUACGAUAUACUUCUUCGUUCUGUUGAAAUUCCCAUUUUUUCCGCCCACCAUAGAGCAAAAGGUUCCACUGGUGGAAAGUCAUCAUUUAAAAGAACUGUAAAUUGGAUGCCAGCAAGUCAUUUGUCGAAAUUGGCGGAUAAACUUGUUUGUGAUAUAACAUCCGUACAACGUAUGGCGUGUCAUCUGAGAUAUCCACCGUGUGACUAUACAUCAAGGAACAUUUCCUUGGAUAAUUUAAGGAGAAAAACAGAAGGUAUUUGUAUUCCAUGGUGUAUUGACGCUAUGUCAGCUUGUGUGAACGAGCGAACAUUGUUGGAAAUGAAGUCAAUAUAUGAAAGUUACGAGCGAGUCAAUUUUGGAACUAUGCAGAAUGGCCUAAUGGAACAAGAUUUCCUUGGUAUUCUGAACGGGAAACAAACUAUUAUUUCGCCCGAUUUUGUUGUUGCAACUGGAAUCAAAGCUGUUCACGACAGUAGGACAUUAGCAGAAAUCAUUUGCCCACGGUUUUAUUCAGUAAACGAAAACCAUAACACAAUUGAGCUAAAAAACAGCGAGUGUUCUUGGAUUCUUGGUGAAGCAAAUGCAGAAUUUGAACCACCAAAUCCUACUUCACCAGAUUCGUCAAAAAAUUUUAGCACAACAGACUGUGGUGAAGGAUAUUUCCAAUGUAAUACCAAAGCUUGUCUAGAUUGGAAUUGGACUUGUGAUGGCCAGAAUGACUGCGGACAAUGGGAAGAUGAAAUUGGGUGCGAAUGUUCAGCAGGACAGUUUCAUUGUGAUAAUAGUCAAUGUGUGCAAUCUGAUGAAAGGUGUGACGGAUAUUACGACUGCUCCGAUGGAUCAGACGAACGAAACUGCAGUAUCUGUAGACCGGGUCUUCGUAAUUGUGACAUCACGCGACAAUGCAUAAGCGCAUCUUGGUGGUGUGAUGGUGACGUAGAUUGCGACAAUGCAGAAGAUGAAAGAUUUUGCAGUUGUGAAAGUCGAGGAAUGCUGCAAUGUGAAGGACAUAAUCUUUGUAUUCCGUUGAUCUACAAAUGUGAUGGAGAGGACGAUUGUCCCGGCGGUUCCGACGAAAACGCAUGCGCACGAACAAGAUGUAACGCGUAUGAAAUAUCAUGUGGUGGAAAUUGCAUACCAGUUUCGUCGGUGUGUAACGGAAAACAAGAUUGUUUUCGUGGAGAAGAUGAAAAAAAUUGCCGUAGAUGUGAACCUGUUCAAUUGGAUGUAUGUAGAGAUGCUUCAUAUAACGUCACAGCUUUUCCCAAUUUUCUGGAUCAUCGAGUACAAGCUAAAACGGCUGCAAGUCCGGAAUACACUUUGUUUAGCGCCAUUGUUAAGACAAGAUGUCAUCCGUUUUUGCGACAACUUGGAUGUUCGAUCUUGGCUCCUCCACCGCAUUUAAAUACAUGGAGAGGGAAAAGAUUGCAAUGUUCCAUGAAUAUCACCGGAAUGCCAGCCUACACACCACCAAGAUUACUUCCUUGUCGAGAACUAUGCCAAUCUAUUCGCUCAUCUUGUGAAAGUACUUUACGAUCCGUAUCUUUAUCUUGGCCAGCAUUUUUAUCUUGUGGACCGAUGCCUUCUGAAAUAUCAAACCCGAUUGAUGCCACCGGCGCAAAAACGUGUCUAGAUUUGGAGACUAUGCAGCGAGCCUUCUGCACUGCAGAAGAAUUUCGAUGCACAUCUUCAGGUCAAUGUCUACCGUUGUCUUCUAGAUGUGAUGGCAUAAAACAUUGUGCUGACGGCUCUGAUGAAGUCACGUGUGAUUGCGAAAUAAUGGGGAGGUUCCCUUGUUCAAACGACGGUCACUGCGUGCCGAAGGAUUGGAGAUGUGAUGGACAUAUUGAUUGCUCAAAUGGGCACGAUGAAUUGCAUUGUGACAACUGCACUCGAGACGACAAAGUAUGUGAUGAUUAUUCAUGCAUAGAUUUUGAUAAAUGGUGCGAUGGAGUGAAAGAUUGUCCUGAUGGGAGCGAUGAAGAUAGAUGCAUAAAACUCGUGCCAAGACAUCGUAUUCAUCUUUAUAUGAAUUCUGCUGCUUAUAAUCACGUCGACUGGUCUACCCAUGAGUCCUCAGGAAUUCUAAUCGCAUAUAACGAAGGCAGAUGGAGCCCGAUUUGUGCAGAAGAAUGGGCUCCUCUUUUGAGUCAUUUGGCUUGCAGUCAAAUGAAAUACAGUGAGGCUCUGCAUUUGAUUACGAUGCAUUCUCAGAGUGAAGUGGGAUACUCGGUUCACAUUGAAAAGAAAGCUAGAGUGAAACUUGUUCAGGAAUCGUUCAUGAAAAGAAUUUUUCCCUGUCAAAAUAAUCGCCUCGUGCACUUGAGUUGCAAACCUGCAAUGUGCGGGAAAAGAAUGCUACUUCCCAACGACAAUACUCCGAAUGCAUUUUUAUACAAAAUCGAGGCAAAAAUAUUUGGUGGCAGAACUGCGCGCGCAGAAUUUUGGCCUUGGAUAGCAUCCUUGUCCCUCCAAGGAAAAAAACAUGUUUGUGGAGCUACAAUGCUCAGCAGCCAGUGCUAGUAUCUGCAGCUCACUGCUUC